CCUGCCAAUCAUCCCACUUGACUGGUCUCCCUGCUCUUUCUUUCAGCUAUAUAUUCAGGGUUGGAUCUCCUCCCAAACACUGUCACUAGUAGCUUCACAAAGAAAGCAUUGCAAGAUCAAAUAAGAGCUCCUCAGUUUCCAGCCACAGAGAAGAAAGGAAGAAAUGACCAUGAUCAGUGCCAAGAGGGUUGCUCAGCUGGCAAAGAAGUGGCAAAGAAUGGCCGCGUUGGGGAGAAAGCGGCUCUCCUGGGGGGCAGCAAAGGAAGCCGAUGAUUGCUGCACCUCUGUGGCAGGCAAGGGCCACUGUGUUGUGUAUACGGUUGAUGGGAGGCGGUUUGAGGUGCCACUGGCGUACCUCACCAAGACUGUCUUCACAGAGCUCUUGCAGAUGUCCCAUGAGGAGUUUGGCUUCACGAGUGAUGGGAGGAUCACAAUCCCAUGUGAUGCUGCAGCCAUGGAGUAUGUUAUGUGCCUGCUCAGAAGAAGCGCCUCUGCUGAGAUAGAGAGGGCAUUCCUGAGCACCAUGGCAGUGCCAUGCCACUUUGCAUACUGUGCAGCACCAUCAGCAGGACUUAGUCAACCAGUUGUUGUAUGCAGCUCCUAAUUGUAUAUAAAGUAGCUUGUCAUAGGUUGUAUGAAAAAGAGGAAUCUCUGCAGAAACCUUUGGUCCUGCAAGUGAUCAAGGAAGAUGGCAAAUUAACAAGUUAGAGCCAUUAUUCUUGUUCUUUGUAAAUAUGCUCCAUUUUACAUUAUAGGACUUACAUGAUGAGGCAACAAGUUUGUUCUGCAA